AUGAAUUCCAGUACCAAUGUUAGAAAAGACCCGAGAAGAAUGAGGACGCUCGUUGGCGACUUCAAGUGGUUUCGUUAGGCAAUCGGCCGCCUUGUACAGAUAAUUGGCGGCGGAGCAUCCGAUAGCGGCUGGCUCCGGUUGGUUAAAGGAAGAAGAGACGGGGUAAACGGCCAGGGGAGGAGCUGAUGCGCCAAGAUUUUGCCGCCAUUAUCGUCUAAUAGGCGGACACGCUCGAGGCGGCUUGUCUCCUGAAGAGCAGUUAACCCCAGGAGCUCCGCCUCUUGCCAACUUGUUCCAAGUGGGUAUGGUGUCACUCGUCCUCCUUUGCAGCUUCUGCUCUUCUGGUCCUCAGGCUUCAAAGCUCCCUAUAACCUAACUCUUGUUCCGGUUUUGAUGCCGUAAUAUUAGAAGCUGAGGAAAUUUUUGUUGCAAAAUCUUUAUUAACCUUCAAAAACUUCCUCUUUCUAAAACCCAUAAGAUGAAGAUUGAUUUCCAUUAACCCUGCAAUAGUCUCAUUGUAGCAAAACCUCAGAGACUAGUUUCAAAUGACGCUACCUUCAGUAGCAUUUUCUGAAAUGAUUGGCACCUUUCAAAUCUUUUUUCCACUAAAAAAAACAUAAUUAUUCACCCAGGAGAAAAAAAGACGAAAGUGCAAACUUUAAGCUAAUAAUUCUAACGAUAACUGAUCGAUACAUCAUUUGUGUAUUUUCAAAACUAGGAGAGCGAAUUUGAUUUUUAGCUUCUUUUUUUCAGAUUUUUUUCAUGACUUUUGCUCAUUUCCGGAAAUUGUUCUUUUUGACUUCGUCAUAUGAAUCCAAUUCAAAAACUAUUUGUUGGUCUUCAACGAUGCCGAUUUGAAUUGAAAACUUUUGCUGACUACAAAAAUUUGACCUUUCCUGAUCAAAGUAUACCAAUAAAGGGAAAACAACACCCGGUUGAUUAUCUUCAAAAGCAAAUUCUAGCAAAUUCCUCCGAAAAAUUAGUUCGAAAAUAUGCUGACAUUUUGAGGACCAUACGAAUCUCAGUGAAAUGCUUUUUCUUAGAGUGAACGCUUCUGAGUGGUUUUGAGACCUCGCUGUGCCAUGCCGGCGGAGUGAUCGCAUCUAGACUGGCCUGCCAAGAUGUGAUUACUCGUGCCUAUGCUGGCCUGAGCUUCCUUUCACCGCCGAAUGUCAAAGAGUUGUGA